CUUCUCAGCCCACAAACGGCAAAGACCACAGAGAAGCCCCCAGUUCUCAGGACUUUGUCUUUUUGUAAGAGAAAAAGGACAGAAGAAGAGGGAAUAAUGACAAUGUGCUGUCAGGAAUCAGUGACAUUCAAGGAUGUAGCUGUGAACUUCAGCCAGGAGGAAUGGGGACAGCUGAACCCUGCUCAGAGGAAUCUGUACAAGGAUGUGAUGCUGGAGAACUACAGAAACCUCAUCUCACUGGGGUUUUCCAUAUCUAAACCUGAUGUGAUCUCCCAGUUAGAACAAGGCAAAGAUCCAUGGAUUCUUAAUCUGCCAAGAAUUAAAGAACAAGAAUUGGCAAAAAAUUCUUCAGUUUCAGGCUGGGAGAGUCGACCUGAGCCUCAGAAAUCGUCUCCAAAGCCAAACAUUUCUGAAGAAAUAGAAUCACCAGGGGUAGUAAUGGUUCCAUUAGAACUUGCGUUUGGUGGAGUUUAUGUACCUGAAUGUCACAGGAGUGCGGCUCUGACAUUGGAUAGAAAGAAAGAAAAAUCUAAAGGCAAGACAUGGGAAACAUCCCUUUCCUAUGGGAGAGAUUCCAGUCAAGUGUUAAUCACCUACCAAGAAAACUCCACUAAGGAUAGAGGCCGUGAAUGCCACACAUGUGGGAAAUCCUUCUUUGACUGCUCAUGUCUUACUCCACAUCAGAGAAGUCACACUAGGGAGAGUCCCUUUGAAUGUAAGGAAUGUGGGAAACUGUUUAGUUGGAAAUGUAAUCUUACUCGACACCAGCUAGCACAUACUGGAGAGAAGCCUUAUAUAUGUAAAGAUUGUGGGAAAGCCUUCUUGAACCAUUCAUAUCUUACUAUACAUAGGCGAAUUCAUACUGGAGAAAAGCCAUAUAAAUGUGAAUGUGGAAAAGCUUUCUCUAAACAUUCAUCUCUUACUGAACAUGAGAGAAUUCAUACUGGAGAGAAGCCUUAUGAAUGUAAUGAAUGUGGGCAAGCUUUCAGACAUAAAAGUGGCCUUAUGAGACAUCAGUUGAUUCACACAGGAGAAAGUCCCUAUAAAUGUAGUGAAUGUGGAAAGCCAUUCUUAAAUCCCUCAUCCCUUGAUGUUCAUAAGAGAACUCAUACUGGAGAGAAGCCCUAUGAAUGUGAUAAAUGUGAGAAAGCUUUUGCUAGACAUUCAUCUCUUUCUCUACAUCAGAGAAUUCAUACUGAAGAGAAGCCCUAUGAAUGUGAUAAAUGUGGGAAAGCCUUCUCUAAACAUUCAUCCCUCACUGAACAUGAGAGAAUUCAUACUGGAGAAAAACCUUAUAAAUGCAGUGAAUGUGGGAAAGCUUUCCGACAUAGAACUGGCAUUAUGAGACAUAGGAUGACUCACACAGUGGAAAUCUCCAGUCUGGCUCCUUCUCCCAGGCACCAGGCAGAGGUUCUCCUUACCCCUUCUUACGCUCGGGCUCCGCGGACCUGCCUCGGACCACGGCCCUCUCUGAGCCUGCGCAGACGGAAAUCCAAGACUACAUUUCCCAGAGAAACUAGAGUCCUGGGGUACGGGGACGCGGACUCAGUUUCCCAGAAGGCCAUUCGACACCGAGUGGUUCGCCGCCCGUACAACUCUUAG